AUGAAUGAACUGAUCAACCAAAAAAGAUAUCAAGAGUCAGUGAGUUAUCAAAUACUGGGAGGAGAAAGGCAGACAUUAUAACUUGUGCUCAUGCCUGGCUAAAGUGUGAUUACUAAGAAGGAUGCUACUCUAUUCUCUAGUGAUAACAUUACAUCAAGAAAUAUAGUUAAUUCUUGGUUACUUAGAUUAUAUAACUGGAUAGCAUUAAAGAGACAGGAAGUUUGUCUUGAGAUAAAGAAUGAUUCAGGUUCAAUAGGAUAUGUAGGAUUACAAGUAAUGAAAGGCAGAGUGAUUAUAAUUGACAAUGAAGUGACUGAAAAAAUGGUUGUUAAGGAAAAAUACGUGUUAGCUCACACCUAUAAUAUUGAGUUAAGUCCUUAUACCCAGCAUCAAAGUACUGAGGAGAAAACUGUAUCAGAAAAGUUUAGAGACUUAUCUUUGCCCUCAUAAGAGUUAAUAUUUUUGUAGAGUCAAUCUAACUUUAUUGAAAAAACUCUCGGAGCUAAUGAGAAGAUAAAGAUAAGACCAGAAUGCUUAGUUGCUUUCAGUCAAACUGUUUCAAUCCAAAGGGACUUAGGAAAUGGAGUUGUUUAAAAUUUUUCUUCAAGAAGCAAAUUUGUCAAUGUCACAGGUCCAGGACUCCUAUACAUUGAUAUGCAAGUAGGAAAUAGAUUCUUUAAAAAAGAUCAAAUGUCACUUUACGCAAUAGUGCUUUACUUUAUGCUAUACUUUUUAAUGUUCAUCUUAAUGACUCUGGGAAGAGAUAUCGAACGCAAUUGA